GUCAGUCUAUACCUUCCUAUAUAUACAUACCCUCGGCUACUCCAAGUAUUUUCCAUCGCAACACAUAUACAUAAACACUGGGAAAACUUAAACCAACUGAGCCCAAACCAAGGAAGAAGACUCUUCUUCUUCUUCUUCUAUUUUUAGUUUUUCAUUUUUCACUUUCUCAAAAACAUUCAUACAUUUAUUUCUGAAACAAAUGGCUGCAUCUGUUGAUCGCCAAUACCAUCCCACCAUGAACGGUGUAACUCACCCUUCAUUUGUCACUCACCGUUCUGACUCACCGAUUCGUGGGUACACUUUUAAUAAUAAUAAUAAUAAUAGUAAUAAUAAUUCUUUUGUUAAGCAACCUGAAAUAAAGCUUAAUAAUGGCUAUGUUAGUGAUAGUGAUGAAGAUGAUGACGAAAAUGAAAUCAACGCUCUUAAUGAGUUGAUCAAAAAAGGGAUAAGUGAAUUAGAGCCGUCCAGUGUUGAUACACGUGAUGAAGGGACGGCGGAUUUUUGGAUUGAAAGAAACCCUUCCUUGAUCCGUUUAACAGGGAAGCAUCCGUUUAAUUCGGAGCCUCCAUUGACCCGAUUGAUGAACCAUGGGUUUAUUACCCCUGUACCUCUCCACUAUGUUCGGAACCAUGGUCCAGUCCCCAAAGGUAAAUGGGAGGAUUGGACCAUUGAGGUAACCGGGUUAGUCAAAAGACCCGCCCGGAUAAGUAUGGAUCAGUUAGUGAAUGAGUUUAAGAGUAGAGAAUUUCCUGUUACACUUGUUUGUGCAGGAAACAGAAGAAAGGAGCAGAAUAUGGUUAAACAAUCAAUUGGGUUUAAUUGGGGUGCAGCCGCCAUAUCUACCUCUGUUUGGAGGGGUGUCUUACUCCGUGAUGUUUUAAAACGGUGUGGGAUUAUGACGGCAAAUAAAGGUGCCCUAAAUGUUUGUUUUGAAGGGGCAGAAGAUCUUCCAGGAGGGGGUGGAUCCAAAUAUGGUACAAGUAUUAAAAGAGAAUUUGCAAUGGAUCCGGCCCGUGAUAUUAUAUUGGCUUACAUGCAAAAUGGUGAAAAGUUAAGCCCGGAUCAUGGGUUUCCCGUUCGGAUGAUUAUACCCGGGUUUAUUGGUGGGCGUAUGGUUAAGUGGUUGAAGAGGAUUAUUGUUACUACUGCUGAAACUGAUAAUUAUUAUCAUUACAAAGAUAAUAGAGUUCUUCCAUCUCAUGUUGAUGCUGAACUUGCCAAUUCUGAAGCUUGGUGGUACAAGCCGGAGUACAUCAUAAAUGAGCUGAACAUAAACUCGGUGAUAACAACGCCUUGCCAUGAAGAGAUUUUGCCCAUCAACGCUUGGACUACUCAACGUCCUUACACAAUUAGGGGUUACGCUUAUUCUGGAGGAGGAAAGAAAGUGACACGAGUAGAGGUGACAAUGGACGGAGGAGAAACAUGGCAAGUAUGUGAAUUGGACCACCAAGAGAAGCCAACCAAGUAUGGUAAAUACUGGUGUUGGUGUUUCUGGUCAUUAGAGGUGGAAGUUCUUGACUUGCUUGGUGCUAAAGAGAUUUCUGUUCGUGCUUGGGAUGAAAGUCUCAACACCCAACCUGAGAAACUCAUUUGGAAUGUCAUGGGUAUGAUGAAUAACUGUUGGUUCCGAGUGAAGACCAAUGUGUGCAAGCCACACAAAGGAGAGAUUGGUAUCGUAUUCGAGCAUCCGACCCAACCAGGAAACAAAUCGGGAGGAUGGAUGGCUCGUGAGCGUCAUCUAGAGAUCUCUGACGCUGGUCAAACCACAUUGAAGAGAACAGCAUCAACCCCAUUCUUCAACACCAACUCAAAAACAUUCUCAAUGUCCGAUGUCAAAAAACACAACUCGGCCGACUCAGCUUGGAUCGUUGUCCAUGGACAUGUUUAUGACGCAACUCGCUUCCUUAAAGAUCACCCUGGUGGGCCCGACAGUAUCCUUAUCAAUGCUGGAACCGACUGUACUGAAGAAUUCGAUGCAAUUCACUCAGACAAAGCUAAGAGACUCUUAGAGGAUUUCAGGAUUGGUGAGUUGAUCACAACGGGUUACACCUCUGACUCAUCUUCACCCGGUAACUCGGUCCACGGUGGGUCCAUCUACUCAACUUUAGCACCAAUCAAAGAAGCGGCCCCACUACGUAACGUGGCACUUGUACCCAGAGAAAAAAUCCCUUGUAAACUUAUUGAAAAAGUCUCUCUUUCACAUGAUACUAGAAGAUUCCGAUUUGGGUUACCUUCUAAAGAUCAAGUGCUGGGAUUACCUGUGGGAAAGCACAUAUUUGUGUGUGCAAAUGUUGAUGAUAAGCUUUGUAUGAGAGCUUACACACCAUCCAGCACCAUUGAUGAAGUUGGGUUUUUUGAUCUUGUGGUUAAGAUUUACUUUAAGGGUGUACAUCCUAGGUUCCCUAAUGGUGGGAUGAUGUCACAGUAUUUAGAUUCUCUACAGUUGGGCUCACUUAUUGAAGUGAAAGGCCCAUUGGGUCAUAUUGAGUAUCUUGGAAAGGGUAACUUUACAGUCCAUGGAAAGCCCAAGUUUGCUAGAAAGUUAGCUAUGAUUGCUGGUGGGACCGGGAUAACACCAAUUUAUCAAGUAAUGCAGGCUAUACUGAAAGAUCCUGAGGAUGAGACUGAGAUGCAUGUAGUGUAUGCCAAUCGGACGGAGGAGGAUAUAUUGUUGAGAGAAGAGCUUGAUAAAUUUGCUGAGGAGUUUAGAGAUAAAGUGAAGGUGUGGUAUGUGGUUGAGAAAGGAAGUGAUGGGUGGCAAUACGACACCGGAUUUGUAACUGAGAAGAUAUUGAGAGAACAUGUACCGGAAGUUGGUGAAGAUGUUUUGGCACUUACUUGUGGGCCUCCUCCUAUGAUCCAAUUCGCAGUUCAGCCCAAUUUGGAGAAGAUGGGUUAUGACAUCAAGGAACAGUUAUUGAUUUUUUAAAUUAAGGGGUCGUACACACUCGAAUGUAUGUACACGUGGAGUAGGGAGUGCAAGUAACGUGUAGCUCAUUCGCUUUGACAUGUCACAUGUACGCAUAUUUUGCUCCACUGUGGAUGUGCAUUCGAGAUCAUAGUAGAAAUUGGUCGUUAAGUGAAAAGUAUAAACCGUACUAGUACGUUAUAUUUUUGUAUUUAUACUAUAUUUCUGUGUGGAGCGUUUUUUCCUUUUUUUUUUUCUACUAAAUUGUUUGUAAAUAUAAGUGGUCUACUAAAUUGUUUGUUAAGAAGCUCUUCAAAAUUGGAGUAAUAUUGGGUAGGAAGUUUUAAGGGGAAAAGUUGUUGAGGUUUUUCCUUUUUUGUGUUUGUUUAGGGGAAGAUUACUACAUUGUAGUCUCCAAAUGUGUCAUGUGUAUUUGCCCAAGAAUAAAGAGGGUAGUAGAUUAUUGUAUAAAUUCUUCAAAUUUGUUCGAUUUCUAAUCUUUUGUCCAAUUUCUUUAA